UUUGGAAUAGGUAAAGCCUCAUUGCAUCGUUAUUUUCUACGUGUAAUUCAUGCUCUACGUGAUAUUUCCUCUGAAGUAAUUUGUUGGCCAGAAGGCAAUAAUAUAAAUAGGAUAAAAAAUGAGUUCAAUGCAAAGGCUAACAUGCCUGAUGUUAUUGGUGCGAUUGAUGGCUGUCACAUAGAAAUAGAAGCUCCAAAGUUUGAUGCUGCUUCAUAUCGCACUAGUAAGAAAAAAUAUGCUGUCCAACUUCAAGCAAUUUGCGACGCAUCCUUAGUUUUUACAGACUGUUUUGCUGGCUAUCCAGGAGCAGUCCAUGACGUUCGUGUGCUCCAUAAUUCUCCAUUAUAUAGAGACGCAAUGAGAAAUGAACGUGCUUUGUUUCCUAAUGGAGAGUAUCUUGUUGGAGAUAAAGGCUAUCAGCCAGUAAGAACAUGGCUUAUAACACCUUAUAGAGAUACUGGUGCUUUGACUCAAGCUCACAAAGAUUUCAACAAUAUUCUAUCAAGAACUAGACAAGUAAUAGAGCGUGCGUUUGCUCUUCUGAAAGGACGUUUUAGAAGAUUGAAACAUUUGCACAUGGAUCUUAUUGAUGAAAUCCCUUGUACAAUUUUAGCUUGCUGUGUACUACAUAAUUUAUGCCUACAAGGAUUUCAUGAUAAUGAAGAAGAUCUUCAAGAAUAUAUUAGAGAUGGAGAAGAAAUUGACAACGAUCUUUAUGCACAGGAACAAAAUUUAUAUGAAGAACUCGUAAUUCAUAAUGAUAAUAACGUUACAGCUGGCCAAAGAAAGCGUAAUUAUUUAAAGGAUAGAUUAACUUAAUUCGAAGCACUUUAU